CAGUUGCCUCCGGAGCAUCGAAGAGUAAACAGCUACUGAAUUUCAUGAGGAUGGGGAGGCGAGUGUGUGAAGGAGGCGAUGAUCGGAGCGACCCUCCUGAGAGUCUACUGGUGAUGUCAACACCCAACCGCGAUCUCUAGCCAACACACAGGCACUAAACCGUUGGAUACGAGCUAUGCGAGGUGGUAGGACUGUGAGGGUUGUGGUGACUCCCCCAGCGCUCGGCCGACGUCGUACAGCUAGCUGUCUGCGUACCGUCAUCUUCCUGUUCCUGGUGACCUUCGUCUGGCUGCAACUCCACAUGUCCAGUCUUUCCAGCUCCCCUCGCCCAGACCUCUCCGCGGACAAUGAUUCUUCUCAGGCCAUCCUCAGCAUGGUGCCUCAGGUGCUACACAAGUUCCUGACUAGCCGUCCACGAAAUGUGUCCCAGCACUUGGCUUCCAACGCAAGCGAAUUGCCACGUGCCCUAACCAUAGAUGAAAUCAAGCACAACAUCCGCCGCUACAACCAGCUGCAGACUGUACACAACGAGGACUUGUUUGGCCCCGUCCAAAAUGAUACCAUCAUCAUCGUUAUCCAGAUCCAUACCAGGUUGGUGUACCUGCGUCACCUGAUAGUGAGCCUGGCACAAGCACGAGACAUCGAGUCCACUCUGAUCGUGUUCAGCCAUGACUAUUACGAUGAGGAGAUCAACGAUCUGGUGCAGAGUGUGGACUUUGCCAAAGUGCUGCAGAUUUUCUAUCCACACUCCAUACAGACCCACCCUCAUGAGUUCCCUGGAGAAUCUCCUGGUGACUGUCCCCGAGACAUCACCAUUGAACAGGCUGCAAUCCGCAAGUGUAUCAACGCCCGGACGCCAGAUCUAUAUGGUCACUACCGGGAAGCCAAGUUUACACAGACAAAGCAUCACUGGUGGUGGAAGGCUAAUCGAGUGUUCAACCAGCUGGAGAUCACCCGCAACCAUACAGGACUAGUGUUGUUCCUGGAGGAAGACCACUUUGUCGCUCAGGAUUUCUUACACAUUCUGAGACUGAUGGAACGAACGGCUCGAGUCAGCUGUCCAACAUGCAACAUUUUGUCUCUUGGCACCUACCUGAAGACCUACAGCUAUUUUGGUGACUCCAAAAAGAAGGAGGCUCUGAGAGCUAUGAAGAGACACCAAACGUUGUCUGCCGCAGCAAUUCCCCCGUCUUGGACAUUCCAGGUUCUUCCGUCCCUCUAUCAACACUACCAGAAGGCUGAGGUAACACCGUGGGUCAGCAGCAAACACAACAUGGGAUUUGCCUUGAACCGCAGCGUGUGGCUGGAGAUGUGGAGUUGUGCUCGGUACUUCUGCUCAUAUGAUGAUUACAACUGGGACUGGAGUCUCCAGCACGUCUCCCAGUCCUGUCUCCCACACAAGCUAGUGGCCAUGGUCAUGCGCGGCCCUCGAGUCUUCCACAUCGGCGAAUGUGGAGUCCACCACAAGAAGACUAACUGCGAGAGCACAAGUGUAAUAUCCAAGGUGCAGAAGGUGUUGGCGAAUGCUGCAAGACACCUAUAUCCAACACACCUUACGCUAACAUUCACCAGUGGCACCAAGAAACACAAGCUGCGCAAGGGAAAUGGGGGGUGGGGGGACAUACGCGACCACCAGCUCUGUUUCAACAUGACCCUCCUCACGCCUGCCAGAUAAUCCAGGUUAUGUAAACCAACUUUAUUUUAAACUGAAAAAUAUUUAUAUUGACUGUUUUUUAAGUGUUGUGACUCCUAAAUUAGACUUGAGAUCUUGUUUAGGUUACUGUUUCUACGAGGUUGACUGCCGAGUGUAACCUCUAUAUGUGUAAAGAGCUGUCCAAUAUGCUCUUGUGUAUAAACACUGCGUACUUGCGCAUCAUGUACCUACCAUUGUGUAUAUGUGUAUCUUACUGCUGAUCGUGCUGUGCAAAUGAUUGCUCAUUAGAUAUCUUACUCGAAUGAUGGAAUUAUCGCUUGACGGUCCUUUGCAACAGUGGUGGAAAGAUUCUUUUAUAGACUUAUUUUUUAAGGACUUCAUUUUAUCACUAUUUAUCAAUAGUCUGUUAUUAGCUAUGGCCACAUGAACAUUAUGCAAGGGUAAAGUAGUAGGUGGGUGAGCUUGAGAAGAACAGCUAAUUAAUUAGUUGUAAUUAUGUUUCUAUAAAUUUAUUUUACUUGAUUGCACUGGUUUACAUUGGUAUUCCAGGAAAAAGGCAUGAAUAUAUUUUUUAAGGAACACCAAACAUUAGCUUUGUUUCUAUAAAAGUAAAAGAAAAGUGCCAAGGAAGUAGAAAGGAGCAAUCUAAAAAUCAUAAUGCAAGUCAUUCAAUCUAAUACAAAUUAUUCAGUAGGUGAUGUACACUCCCAUUCAAAUUUUUUCUUUACUUAGAUUAAAUUAUAUUCCAAUCCUGCUUCCAUUGUUUUUAAGGAAACUAUCCCUGAUUAAGACAUUCACUAUGAAGGAAUAUACAUUGUUAUUUAUUUUCUGAAAAUCCUUAACAACCUUUUAUCGCUAGUACAGGUAGAUUGUACUUUUCAUUUUAUAUUUUCUACCCUUUCCUUUAGAAAGUUUUCCCGUAGCUUUAAUGUUCCAUUUAAGCUUCUUAGCAAAUCAAAAUUCCAACCAGAAAGUUCCUCCUAUGAUUCUGGUUGGUUUUACACAUAAGAUAAUAAUCAUUUAAAACAAGGAAUGUUAAAGGAAUGUGUCAAACAGUGCUUUAUGAAUAUCCAGUGUGAACUCUUUAAAUAUUAUAUGUUCCCCAACAAAUUUACUAAUUUUUGACAUGGUGUGGUUGGCUACAAAUUUAUAAACCCCUUGGUCUGUUGGGACCAGUCCAACCCAUGGUGCAAGCAGCCAAUCUUCUCCUUCCUCAAUGUUAAAAACCCCAUUUUCUUAACGUAUUUAGUCUACCCUUGAAUAAUGUAUGAUCUGAUCUCAAUAAAAACCAUAUUAUAUUUUUAAUUAUUUCCAACAAAGUUUUAUUAGUAAAAUUACAUAAAUAGUUGAGGAUUUCGUUAAUCCUCUCCAUGGUUGUACGCAACAUUCAUGUAAAUAUUUUUAUCAUGAACUAGCAGUUAUCCACUUCUUCACAAGCAAUUUCGUAGACUUUGUACCUGUAUGAACAUUUCUGUUUUGAGUGAGCUAUAUUUCAGACACCAAUGGUGAGUUUUCCUUGUUGGGACAACAACAAAAAUCUGUCAGAAAGUCUAUUUGGCCAUUGUAAUUUAUUCCGGUUGUAGUGGUUUUAGUAUUUUUACUAAAACUUGUUUUUCUUAUCUGGAUAUUUUCUUACUCUGUGCUAAACAGCGGUUGUAUAAAAGGUUGGAAAAGAGAUGUGUUACUAUAAUACAGCUCUGUGCUUUCACAUUAUAAAUGUAAAAAUAUUGAAAAUAGUGGUUAAAUUAAUUAAACAUACAGUUGUGCUGUCACAAAACAAAGUUUGCUCAGAACAGUUGAUUACAUUUAACAGGCUCUUUCUAUUCAUAAUAUUUGUUUGCUGUAGUGCAACUUUAGAGGCCAAGAUGGGAUUUUAUUAUUGUAAAGACGAGUGGGAUGUAAACCAGAGACCCUA